CUUCGCGACGCCAGAAAACCGCUCAAAUCGCGCUUUCAUACCGUUCCCGAUUGACGCUUCACUCCGUCGAUUCCCCAUCGCACCAGUUACACUCGUUCGCUUCUUGCCUCUUGCCCAGUAUUUGCCUCGGUAUUUUUCACUGCUCAAAUUGAUUUUCUGCAUUCACAGAUCUCGGAUGUAGCCAGCAGGGGUGCGGGUGAUUGCGGUGCCCCGGUAGUGUCUUCUGUAAAUACGUGAACAAGUGGUGCGCCGUGAUCGGUGAGGGUGCUCCGAGUGCAGGGUUCAGUGCACACUGUGCUUACACUGUUAUCACCGCCUAAUCACACACACAUGUACAUAUUGUAUACAACUGCUUCGUACUUUUACUCCGCGAGGAAACUCCGUGCGCUUAACCCACCUAAACGUCAAUCUCGACGAAAAUAAGCCUUCGGCGACAGGAAAAUUCGUGCUUUUGCCUCCUCCUGCUGCUGAACGAGCACGCAGUAAACCGAGCCUGCGAGCUCACCGGCACACGCACCGGCACCUUCGACGUCAACAACGUUGCACCCACCAAAAUGGAGGCUAUCGACUCGCAACGGAUCGCACUCACUCUCGUUUUGUGCAAUCUCGUCCUGCCGCAUUUUGGCGAUGCGAGAAACGGUCCUGAAAAUUACGGACCGCUGAUUGGCACACUGACCAACUACGCUCAUGGUAUAAGCGGCCGAGCUUAUGCGGUGGACGACACAACGAUAUUCAUCAAGGGAUUCUCGUACGACGGGACUGGACCCGAUGCCUAUUUUUGGGUAGGAGAAAGCGAAAUGCCGAGUCCGGCCGGAGACAUCGUUCCCUAUCCCGAAGACUACGUUGGCCGAGAUCCACCGGUUCUCACCGCUUACAACAACACCGACAUCAUCCUCAGACUACCACAGGGGAAAAGGAUACGCGACAUCAAGUGGCUGAGCGUUUGGUGCCGAAGAUUCACCGUAAACUUCGGCGAAGUUUUUAUACCGGAAAAUCUAGAAGUACCGAAAACGCGAGUCUUGCCCGAAUUCUCGAGACUGGCUCACGGCCUCAGCAGCGGCAACAUCAGCAUAUUGGAUAGCAAAACAAUUUAUAUACCCAAUCUUCAUUACGACGGCGCUGGACCAGACGCAUAUUUCUGGGUGGGAAAUGGACCGGAGCCAAAUGCACUGGGGACCAAAGUACCCAACGAAAUGGGAGGUUUGAAGAAACUGCGAGGCUACCAGGGCGAGGAUAUCGAAAUUGUUUUACCAGGAAACUUGACCGUCUACGCGAUCGACUGGCUCUCGGUAUGGUGCGUUCAGCACAAACACAACUUCGGCCACGUCAUGAUUCCCAAAGAUCUCAACGUCCCGCCGGCUCUCGGCCAGACGAAAAUCACUCCGCCCUGGUGGUACAAUCCAACCAUCCGACCCCCCGUCGCACCACCGCCGAGACUCGAGCUGACAAACUGCAAGGAAAUGAUGGACGGACGAGUGCAAGUUCAAUGGGAAGCUAUCGGCGACGACGUGCAGAUACGCUUGUCCGGAAGAGUGAAAGACGAUUAUUGGGUCGGUUUUGGCCUGUCGGGACGCGAGGGCGAGCCCAAAAUGCUCGAAUCCGACGUCGUUGUUGUCGCACACGUUACCAAAACUAAUAAAUUCAUCGCCGACGAUUAUUACAUAUCGGACUUGGCUCAGUGCGAUGGCAAAAAAGGCGUUUGCCCCGACGAGCGAGUCGGCGGUCGAAAUGACGUGAUUCUGCUCCAUGGACACAGGAAAAACGGCGUCACCACCGUGGAAUAUCGACGUCCGAUGAGAACAAAUGAGCCAGUCCUGGAUCGAAUGAUACCCGAUACCGAAACGAGUGUGAUCGCUGCUAUCGGGCCAUUAAAUUCACUGGGAGAGGCCAAUUCGCACUCAGCGUUUGACAAAACGACCGAGGACAUUCGCAUUGAUUUUACAUCGACGAACGUUCACGAGUGCACGAAUUCGUUGUACGAUAUACCGGACAGAAACGAGAUCGAUGCUUGGACCCAGGCUGUUAUCGAGGACGAGACGAAUUUCAACGUUAGAAUCGGUCCGGCCGGCGGAGACAGAGGAUACUCUCGUUUUACCGGUCAACCCUCCUGGGGAAUAGCAUGGUACGUGAACGACCUUCUCAUACCGGAGCUGACCGUCGAGAGAGGGCAGACUUACACGUUCGUCGUCGAGGGUGGAAACGAUCCAGCAAACCCGGCCAGAUACCAUCCGUUUUACAUAACGAACAGUCCGGAAGGUGGUUACAGUCAAAAGACUGAGAAACAGCAGGCCGAGCAAAAAGUGUACGCCGGCGUAGAAUUCGAUUCGGACAACUAUCCGUACCCGACUGCUGCGGGACGUUACUGCGAGUGGGUGCACAAAACCGUCGACAUGAGCAGCCAAUCAGCGACCUUUGAGGAGUACUUUCAAACUUUACGUCUCGACUGCGCUCAAGGCGAACCAGCCAAGCUCGUGUGGACCGUUGCUGAAGACACUCCUGAUCUCGUUUAUUAUCAAUGUUACACGCACAACAAUCUUGGCUGGAAGAUCCACGUGGUCGACGCCGGUUACAGAUCGCGGAGAAACGCCGGAGCCGUGCUCGAAAGCGGUUUCCUAUCGAGUGUCAUGGCGAUCAUAUCGAUCUUGAGUCUUCGGUUAAAAUUUCUCAGAUGAAUCUGAUCGAAGGAGCAAUCGUUCGCGGUCGUAUACUGGAGAGAUAAAGAAGAAGAAACAAAACCACGAGCGCGCGGUCCUCACACGGAGAUCGGACGCUCUUUGCCUAUCACAGAGUCCUACCAAUUCACUUGCGGAGACGAGCAGCGAUCGUCGCUACUUUUAUCACCGUCAUCAUGAGCACCAGCAUCGAGAGAGCAUCCUCACAAACGAAGACAAUAUAAACUGCGCGUUAAGAUUCGCCGAUCGACGAAAUUCCACAUCAAAUGUGCACGCGAGGUCGAGGUCAAAAAUCCAAGAAACAAAAAUAGAGAAGCAGAAGAAAAAUAAGAAGAAAAUAACAAUUCUUCACUCUCGACAAGAGAGAAGCGAAUGAAGAGAAGAAACGAAAAGUCAAAUAAAACAGAGAAAAACCUUUAUCGAAAGAAUAAAUAAACGCUGACAAAUAAAUAAACCUGAAGCAGUCGUGAAGCAAGAAAGACCGACAGAAGGUUGUAAGAAAGUAUUUAGCUCGUAAGCAUUCGAAGUGUGUGUGUGUGUGUGAGAGAGAGAGAGAGAUUUAGCCAGAUAUUUUUAAGACCCGUCAGAUUCAAUUUUUCAUAUUAUGUUAUACAUCAAUAUAAAUAUAUCGAUAUAUCAAAUGAAACUCAAGCGUGACGACAGAUGUUAAUGCGUAAAAACGAGCGAGCUCGAAGCCGAUGAAAGAAAGAAAAGAUGAAGGCUUUUCGAUCGAUUCUAGAAUCGUGAAACUUCGGAAAAAACUGUACAAUUUAAAUGAAGAUACUUUUGGGAGGCGAAUACUGACAAAGGGAAGAAAAAUUAAUCGUAUUGUCUCUUACUCCGACAAUAAUGUGCAGAAAUGCUACACGGGACUGGGAUAUUAUCACUAUAAAAGUACGAUUAUAGUGCAUAGACAAAAAAAUAGCAUUAACGAGAUGUAAACGCUGACAAUAAUUCCGGGAGUUUCGUAUGGAUAAGCAACAAUACGGAAACGAUGAUUAAAUCGAGUGAAAAAAAAAGCGGUACUUAUAGCCCGUGCGCGAGAUAUUACAGAAGUGAAAAAAAAAAAAAAAAAUGAAAUUACCAAAAAUCUAAUGAAAUAACGCCGAGACUGAUAACUUGAGCUGCGUUAGAAUCGCUUUUCGAAUCUCCAUUAUAAAUGUAUUAACACAAACGAAGUUUAAAAUAUAUAGGAAAGAAGAUAAAACUACACGUAUAAAAGUAAUAUCGUGUGCCGGCUACAAAGUACCAUGUAAAUUUUUGCACAAAUUUAGCAGAUUCAUCUGGAGCGAUUAUAAAUGAUAAUGUAAUUAAACGAUUUAUUGAAAAUCAUUGAAUAAUUAUAGAAUUUGUGUACGAUCAUUGCUCGUGAUAAGUGCUGUCUGUUUGACAAUAAUACGUGACGAUAGAAAUACAUUGACGGAUCGUUGAUUGGCCAGUUUUUUUUUAACGAUCGUGAGAGUGAGUCUGUCAGCGAGUAACGUACUCGCUCGGCGAGCUGGUUGAAUGGGAAUCGUAUGGACGAGAAAACACGAUGGGACAAUAAACGAUCAACCGUACAAUUAUCUAUCGUUUACGCAUAAUAAAUAAUAUACCAAACAAAUAAAAUUUAUCGUAUACGCAAAUAAACAUAAAUGUAUGAAUGUUUCGAUAACAUUCAUGUGUUCAUGUAUGGAAAUAGGCUUACUCGCGUAUCCACGUUCUGUCGUGUAUAUUAAAAAAAUGUAGGGUGGACCUUCCUUGAACGAAAUGAAAGUAUAAAAUGUGCCUUGGGUGCAUUUAAUGUAUCUUUUCCUUCUUUUGUUUGCUUUUUUUGCUUUCUUUUCAUUUUGGAGUAUAACGCGUUGAUUUUUCCUCAUUUUGAUUUUUUGGAAAUUUGACUUUUAUUAAAAUUUUCAAAGGACACCCGGGUCGCUUGACUUUUACAGUGCAAUCCCGUUGGUCUCUUGAACUUGUCGAACCUGAACUCGAAGUGAUAAUGACGGUACGGUGGAAUAAAGCGAAAGAAAAUUGAGGAGCUGGAGAAAGGAUGAAAUAUAUUUUUGAAAAUGCUCCUUGUUGUUGAAACUUUGAUAAAACGCUCGACUAUUUACAUCUACGAUAUUUAAUGUGUCACUGGAGAAAUAUAAGGAAUAUUAUAGUUCGAAAGAAAUGAAUUAAAUUUGUGUCCACGACUGCGCGAAAUAUUGUACGAGGGGAAUUGUAAACGUAGAGGGACGGGUGCGGAUGCUUCAAGGGGCCGGGACCUUUAUUGAUCAACCAAGAAAUCUGCGAAAUACAUAAUCAGCUUGUAACACUUAUGAAAAAUGGGAAAAAAAAUGAAAAACGAAUAAGACAAUAAGGAUGUGAGACAGCGACAGAUUUAGGAUUAAAUAAUUAUAUUGAGGCGAGCGAUGAAACCUUUUCAAAUAUAUUUUUAACAAGCGUCCAAUGGCCUGAGGGUCGAGAACAAGGGUGUCCACGAAAUUCAAUGCAAUAAAAUGAAAACACGACUCACGCUAUCGCGGAAAUACAUUUUUUCGAGUCAAUGAUGAGGUAAAACUUGUGGAUGAAUAUUGAGGCGAAAUUCCAAACGAGGGAAUCACGAUUCUUAAAAAAAGUUUUAUUAAAAAGUAUUGCUGAAGUUU